UUAAUAACUAUGUUGUGAUUACAUGAACUUCGUUCUCUCAAGGUCGGAGAAUUGAUUAUUCCAACUAUAACAGAGCAUAUGAACACGUGGACUACGGUUUUUGGUUUCCACAAAAUCGAGGAUUUACACAAGAAAGAAAUGAAGUCCAUGAAUAUGUUGGUGUUUCCGGGCACAGAUAUGCUCCACAAGGAGUUAGUGAAGCAAGAAAAUUCCGAUGGUGUGAAGGUUUCUGAAUCAACUAACAAUCAGCCUCAGUUGCCUGGUUUGGUAAAUAAUUCCGAUAUUGAACCAUCGUUGGAGCAGAAGCAAAAUAGUGACGAAGAUGAUGUGUUGGAUUCUGGCCCUUCAAAUGCUAUUUGUGAAUCUGAUAAUAAUACUGCUGCAGCUAAUUCCGCUGAGGUGGAAAACGAGCAAAAAGAAGAAUCGUAUGCUAACUUAAAUUCCUCUCCCUCACCUGAUGAAUGCAAUAAUAGGCAAAUUGGAAAUGAGGAGUUUGAGUUUACUGGUUGGGGAGAAAAAUAGGCUACUUAUUUUUGUUUUUUGUUUUGACUAGACCGUUUGAAAUUUUUAUUGGACUAGCUUAUAUUUUGGUUUUGAAAACUCUAUUUUGCUAUGACCAAGUAUGGUUUUUGCUAUAGCCAAGUGAAGCUUAGCUCCUAAUUUUGUAUCGAAAAAUAUGAAGAUGGUAUUUAAUAUGAAAAUAUUGCUAUUUGUGAG